AGUGGUGCUUGAUGUGUUCUGAGUCGUAUCAAUUACUAACAGUUUAAAAAACAAAAUAAAAAAGAGUGCUUAUUAUUAAAGCAAUUUAUGUAACAUUUAUAUCUGAAUUUAAAUUUGAAGUUAUUUAUGAAAUAGUAGAGGCGCAUGCGCUUUUCUUGCCUAAGCCGCCAUAUUUAUUCCUUCGUUUGUUAUUGUUCGUUCUGUGCAGCACACUGAUAUAGGCACUCCAUGGCCGCUCAACAGUCAGCACUUUUACUUCGUAAGCAAUUAAAUGAAUUAAAGAAGAAUCCUGUUGAAGGUUUUUCUGCAGGAUUAAUUGAUGAUAAUGAUAUCUACAAAUGGGAAGUGCUAAUAAUAGGACCUCCAGACACACUUUACGAGGGAGGUUUCUUCAAAGCUCACUUAUACUUCCCCAAAGAAUAUCCUCUUCGACCUCCUAGGAUGAAAUUCAUUACAGAAAUAUGGCAUCCAAAUAUUGAUAAAACAGGAGAUGUCUGCAUAUCUAUCCUGCACGAACCAGGUGAUGACAAAUUUGGGUAUGAAAAGGCAUCAGAACGGUGGUUGCCAGUGCAUACUGUGGAAACAAUUCUAAUUUCAGUGAUAUCUAUGUUAGCUGAUCCUAAUGAUGAGUCUCCUGCAAAUGUAGAUGCUGCUAAAGAAUGGCGAGAAAAUUACACAGAAUUCAAAAGGAAAGUCGCACGUUGUGUUAGGAAAAGUCAAGAAGAUGCUUAGGAAAUAACUUUUUUAGCAACAAAAAAUUUGGGUCUGAAAAGUCGAACUCGAAAGGCUGCAAACAACUGCUCAUAUUUGUCCUGCCGCAAAUUGACCUGGAACUGACCAGAGAAACUGUGAUUUUUAUUCACGCUUCAAGUAUUUAAACUUUGGAGCACCUUUUCCGUUUAAUUUUCCCCUUCAUUCAAAGUGGGAGUGUUUUUCAGAUUGUCUUUCACUCCUUGGAACACUCCUUCAGCCUCAAUUUACUUUGCACCUUUGAUCACUAUGGUCUCCCUCGGUGCUUUUUUAAAUUAUUGGCCAGUUCUCUGGAUUGGAAUACAUGAAAGUGUCACAUUGAACAUACCCAAAGACUACAGUUUUGUGCACUAGUGGCUUCCAAAGUUUGGAGGUAGGAAUGUGCAAGAAAACUAUCCUGGAUGGGAAGCAUCCGGGGGACCUCAUCUUGCAUGCAGAUGUCGACUUUUUCCAUGCUUGUACAGUUAUCAGAUAGGUGACAACAGAAAUUUAUAUGCAAAUAGUACCAAUUGACAUUAGUUAUUUUUUAUAGUAAUUAAUGCGCAUUGUCUUCUACAAUUAUUGCACUCUGGAAGAAGUCCGCUGUGUGCGCGUUUUGAAAAUUAUGCAACAUCUGUUUUGUUCAGACACUAAAAAAUAAGUUCUAACUUUGUGGUGCAAAGACAAUCCAUACCUCAUAUUAGCAGCCAAAGAAGUUUCUUCAGUUUUUCAGUUGUGUGAUAAUUUUUUGAAUGUCUUUCCUCUAAUAGGUUUCUUUCAUUUUGUAAAUGUUUUUCAAGUAAAUAUAUGCAAUUGGUACAGCA